CUCUUGCUCACCCGAGCCUCACAAAGAUAAUCGCUCAGGAAGUGUUUCAGCCAAUCCGGGGCGGCUUUACACUCCGAUUUGCCAGGGCAGCCAAUCGGGGAUGAGCUUUUAUUAGGCGGCCAGAUCAUCAGCCGAAGUGCCAAACCCUUUUUCUGUGAGAACUAGGAGCCUGUCCUCCAUGUUUUAUAAGUAUUGACAUUACACAGUGUUAACAAUGCAUCCACAGAGUCCCAAAUCUGCCAGCCUGUUCUCUCUUCCUAACUGUGGAAAAAUGAGACGGUUGCUUGAACAUUUGUUGGCUUGGCUGAAGAGGAAAUAAAAACAGAACAGGAGGUGGUAGAGGGCAUGGAUAUCUCUACUCGCUCCAAAGAUCCUGGCUCUGCAGAGAGAACAGCCCAGAAAAGAAAGUUCCCCAGCCCUCCACAUUCUUCCAAUGGCCACUCGCCGCAGGACACAUCAACAAGCCCCAUUAAAAAGAAAAAGAAACCUGGCUUACUGAACAGUAACAAUAAGGAGCAGUCAGAACUAAGACAUGGUCCGUUUUACUAUAUGAAGCAGCCACUCACCACAGACCCUGUUGAUGUUGUACCGCAGGAUGGACGAAAUGAUUUCUACUGCUGGGUUUGUCACCGGGAAGGCCAAGUCCUUUGCUGUGAGCUCUGUCCCCGGGUUUAUCACGCUAAGUGUCUGAGACUGACAUCGGAACCAGAGGGGGACUGGUUUUGUCCUGAAUGUGAGAAAAUAACAGUAGCAGAAUGCAUCGAGACCCAGAGUAAAGCCAUGACAAUGCUCACCAUUGAACAGUUAUCCUACCUGCUCAAGUUUGCCAUUCAGAAAAUGAAACAGCCAGGGACAGACGCAUUCCAGAAGCCUGUUCCAUUGGAACAGCACCCUGACUAUGCGGAAUACAUCUUCCAUCCAAUGGACCUUUGUACAUUGGAAAAGAACGCAAAAAAGAAAAUGUAUGGCUGCACAGAAGCCUUCCUGGCUGAUGCAAAGUGGAUUUUGCACAACUGCAUCAUUUAUAAUGGGGGAAAUCACAAAUUGACGCAAAUAGCGAAAGUAGUCAUCAAAAUCUGUGAACAUGAGAUGAAUGAAAUCGAAGUAUGUCCAGAAUGUUAUCUAGCUGCUUGCCAAAAACGAGAUAACUGGUUUUGUGAGCCUUGUAGCAAUCCACAUCCUUUGGUCUGGGCCAAACUGAAGGGGUUUCCAUUCUGGCCUGCAAAAGCUCUGAGGGAUAAAGAUGGGCAGGUCGAUGCCCGAUUCUUUGGACAACAUGACAGGGCCUGGGUUCCAAUAAAUAAUUGCUACCUCAUGUCUAAAGAAAUUCCUUUUUCUGUGAAAAAGACUAAGAGCAUCUUCAACAGUGCCAUGCAAGAGAUGGAGGUUUACGUGGAGAACAUCCGCAGGAAGUUUGGGGUUUUUAAUUACUCUCCAUUCAGGACACCCUACACACCCAACAGCCAGUACCAAAUGCUGCUCGAUCCCACCAACCCCAGUGCCGGCACUGCCAAGAUAGACAAGCAGGAGAAGGUCAAGCUCAACUUUGACAUGACGGCUUCCCCCAAGAUCCUGAUGAGCAAGCCCGUGCUGAGUGGGGGCACAGGCCGCCGGAUUUCCUUGUCGGAUAUGCCGCGCUCCCCCAUGAGCACAAACUCUUCCGUGCACACAGGCUCUGACGUGGAGCAGGAUGCUGAGAAGAAGGCCACGUCCAGCCACUUCAGCGCGAGUGAGGAGUCCAUGGACUUCCUGGAUAAGAGCACAGCUUCACCAGCCUCCACCAAGACGGGACAAGCAGGGAGUUUAUCCGGCAGCCCAAAGCCCUUCUCUCCUCAACUGUCAACUCCUAUCACGACGAAAACGGACAAAACCUCCACCACUGGCAGCAUCCUGAAUCUUAACCUGGAUCGAAGCAAAGCCGAAAUGGAUUUGAAGGAGCUGAGCGAGUCGGUCCAGCAACAGUCCACCCCUGUUCCUCUCAUCUCUCCCAAGCGCCAGAUUCGUAGCAGGUUCCAGCUGAAUCUUGACAAGACCAUAGAGAGUUGCAAAGCACAAUUAGGCAUAAAUGAAAUCUCGGAAGAUGUUUAUACAGCCGUAGAGCACAGCGAUUCGGAGGAUUCUGAGAAGUCAGAUAGUAGCGAUAGUGAGUAUAUCAGUGAUGAUGAGCAGAAGUCCAAGAACGAGCCAGCAGACACAGAGGACAAAGAGGGUUGUCGGAUGGACAAAGAGCCAUCUGCUGUUAAAAAAAAGCCCAAGCCUACAAACCCGGUGGAGAUUAAAGAGGAGCUGAAAAGCACAUCACCAGCCAGCGAGAAGACAGACCCUGGAGCAGUCAAGGACAAGGCCAGCCCUGAGCCUGAGAAGGACUUUUCUGAAAAGGCAAAGCCUUCACCUCACCCCACAAAGGAUAAACUGAAGGGAAAAGAUGAGACGGAUUCCCCAACAGUCCAUUUGGGCCUGGACUCCGAUUCAGAGAGCGAACUUGUCAUAGAUUUAGGAGAAGACCAUUCUGGGCGGGAGGGUCGAAAAAAUAAGAAGGAACCCAAAGAACCGUCUCCCAAACAGGAUGUUGUAGGUAAAGCUCCACCAUCCACGACGGCGGGCAGCCAGUCUCCCCCGGAAACGCCCGUGCUCACCCGCUCUUCCGCCCAAACUCCCGCGGCUGGCGCCACAGCUACCACCAGCACGUCCUCCACGGUCACCGUCACGGCCCCGGCCCCCACCGCCACAGGAAGCCCGGUGAAAAAGCAGAGGCCGCUUUUACCGAAGGAGACUGCCCCGGCCGUGCAGCGGGUCGUGUGGAACUCAUCAAGUAAGUUUCAAACGUCCUCCCAAAAGUGGCACAUGCAGAAGAUGCAGCGUCAGCAGCAGCAGCAGCAGCAGCAAAACCAGCAGCAGCAGCCUCAGUCUUCCCAGGGGACGAGAUAUCAGACCAGACAGGCUGUGAAAGCUGUCCAGCAGAAGGAGAUCACACAGAGCCCGUCCACGUCCACCAUCACCCUGGUGACCAGCACACAGUCAUCGCCCCUGGUCACCAGCUCGGGGUCCACGAGCACCCUUGUGUCCUCAGUGAACGCUGACCUGCCCAUCGCCACCGCCUCAGCCGAUGUUGCCGCUGAUAUUGCCAAGUACACUAGCAAAAUGAUGGACGCAAUAAAAGGAACAAUGACAGAAAUAUACAACGAUCUUUCUAAAAACACUACUGGAAGCACAAUAGCUGAGAUUCGCAGACUGAGGAUCGAGAUAGAGAAGCUCCAGUGGCUGCACCAGCAAGAACUCUCCGAAAUGAAACACAACUUGGAGCUGACCAUGGCGGAGAUGCGGCAGAGCCUGGAGCAGGAGCGGGACCGGCUCAUCGCCGAGGUGAAGAAGCAGCUGGAGCUGGAGAAGCAGCAGGCGGUGGAUGAGACCAAGAAGAAGCAGUGGUGUGCCAACUGCAAGAAGGAGGCCAUCUUUUACUGCUGUUGGAACACCAGCUACUGUGACUACCCCUGCCAGCAAGCCCACUGGCCUGAGCACAUGAAGUCCUGCACCCAGUCAGCUACUGCUCCUCAGCAGGAAGCGGACGCUGAGGUGAACACAGAAACACUUAAUAAGUCGUCCCAGGGGAGCUCCUCGAGCACACAGUCAGCACCUUCAGAAACGGUCAGCGCCUCCAAAGAGAAGGAGACGUCAGCUGAGAAAAGCAAGGACAGUGGCUCGACCCUUGACCUUUCUGGCUCCAGAGAGACGCCCUCCUCCAUUCUCUUAGGCUCCAACCAAGGCUCUGUUAGCAAAAGGUGUGACAAGCAACCUGCCUAUGCCCCAACCACCACAGACCACCAGCCGCACCCCAACUACCCCGCCCAGAAGUACCAUUCCCGGAGCAGUAAAUCCAGUUGGAGCAGCAGCGAGGAGAAGAGGGGAUCGACACGUUCCGAGCACAACACCAGUACCAGCACGAAGAGCCUCCUCCCGAAAGAGUCUCGGCUGGACACCUUCUGGGACUAGCAGCGAGUCGGGACACAAACCACCCAUCCCAUUGGAGAGUUUAAACCCAGACGCCAGGAAAAGAAGAAACAACAAAGGGAGGAGAACAGCCACUGUCAGACUUGAGAACGACAAAACCCUCAGUUGAGCCUGAACCCCGGCGCAGGGGCUGCUACACUACAGGACACCCGGCAUCGGCUUUGACUGCGAACUGUUCACCCAUACGAGCCCUGUGCUUUAGGUGUAAAUAAUGUAUAAUUUGUGGAUGUCAUUGAAACCUAGAGGACCUUCCCCUUUUUAUAUUUGUAUUAACUUUAACUUAUAAAAAAAAAAAAAGAAAAAGAAAAACAAUUAAAAAAAAACCAACCAACCCCAACAACAAAAAGAAUGUUUUGGUAUUGGAGAAGGGAUGGUCAGUUAGCCUGUCUGUCACACAAUGGAAUGGAUACUGGGCCCGGGGACCACUUUCACACUCACAUCCUCAUCCUUGGAUACCCAGGGGAGGGCGAGCCGUUUUUCACUCAUGUGUCUACACAGCAUGUUGGGAUCGGGAGUUUCGGCACAGACUCUAUCCUGUCAAGCCGUUGGCUCCUUUCAGCUACUACAUUACGACGUUCCUAAAACGCAAGCUCUCCGGACCAGAGGGACACAGGGAGAAGCUAGUUUAUUUCACGUGAUUGAAAUGAUGACUCUACUCCUAAAAGGGAAAAACCAUGUCCUUGUUUACAGAAGAGAAACCGAAACAAGCCCUACUCAGCUCAGUCACAGAAGAGGAGAACAUAGAAAGUGUUAGGAUCAUGAACUCUGAAAAAAAAGAAAUCUUUGCUUUGUGGUUCCUUUAAACACACUCACACACACACUUGGUCAGAGAUGCUGCACUUCUUGGAAGCAAGGACUCAAAGGCAAGGUGCACGCAGAGGACGUUUUGAGUCUGGGAUGAAGCAUGUACGUAUUAUUUAUAUGAUGGAAUUUCACGUUUUUAUGUAAGCAUGAAACACAGGCAGUAUGAGAGAAAGCAAGGCCCCAUCAUGCUGUCCGUACACUACGUAUGCUGUAGAGCCAUUUUGUAUGUUGUGUAAAACAAAAAGCAUUGAUCAAAAAGCAAAAGGUGAUGUAUGUAUAUGAGAAAAUUAAUUGUACGAUAUCAUUCCAGUACGUUUUGUUGUACAUUUUAGUCUUGUUUACUUUCUCUUCAUUGUUGAUAAGAGGAUGCGAACUGUACAGUUUCCAGCUAGUUACCCAUAUUAGAGAAGAAAUAAGAGAGUAUUAGAAGAAAACAGGAGAGAAAGAACAUUUGUGAAUUGCAGUUGUCAAAAAAACAAAAAAAUAGCCUAGCUGGCCUUAUUUGUGAAGCAUAAUUGCUUUUAGCAUAUGGAAGUAUUUUUUCACAUUUUCUUUGUAUAAAAUUUGUAUUAAACUUAAAUAUCUUUUUGA